UCCAGCUGCCUCACGCCCUCCCCCACCCCCUCGCUUUGCAGUGGGGCGAGGGAGAGAGAAGGCCUGGGGCCCUGGAUCGCCGGGGAGGGCGCGGAGGUCGCUCUCCGACGCUCUCCCUCCCCCCGGGGGCCUCGGGCGAGGCUUCCUCCCGCUCACCUCGGGGCGCUUUCGCGUGGCCGGAGCGCGAGCCGGGAGAGGGGUUGGCGCCGAAACUCCUCCCCCCGGAGGAGGUGGACACUCAGACCUCUGCUCUCCGACCAGCGCCGGCUCUCUCCCCUCCGUAAUUAAUAGUCAAGACCAACCCUUCUGGCACGUUCUUCCUCCGUCCUCCCUCCCCGGCGGGUGGCAGCCGCGUUUGAUUCCCCGAGGCCAGAAACUUUCACUCGAGUUCUCCGAGCAGAGGCCGCGCCGGCUGCGCCGCGCGGCGCCCCCGCGUCUCCCUUCCCUUCGCCCGCCGCCUUCCUCUGCGCCGUGUCCCCGGUCGCAGGCCGGCCGCCAGUCCGCGCAGUUUUGUCUCCUUUCCAUCAGGCAGAAAAUUAAUCGGCCCCGGCGAGAAGCAGAGCUGAGCGCGGCGGCCGUUCCACGGCUCCAAACUCACCCACCAAGGAUCUGAAUCUGCCCAACCCGGGCGAAGCGAGACCUUCUGGCUGGGUCCCCCCGAUUUGGGCCGACUUUGCGCCUUCUAACAACCUUAGCAUGAUGUCUUAUCUUAAGCAACCGCCUUACGCAGUCAAUGGGCUGAGUCUCACCACUUCGGGCAUGGAUUUGCUGCACCCCUCGGUGGGCUACCCCGGGCCCUGGGCUUCUUGUCCCGCAGCCACCCCCCGGAAACAGCGCCGGGAGAGGACGACGUUCACCCGGGCCCAACUAGACGUGCUGGAAGCGCUGUUUGCUAAGACCCGGUACCCAGACAUCUUCAUGCGGGAGGAGGUGGCAUUGAAAAUCAACUUGCCUGAGUCCAGGGUGCAGGUGUGGUUUAAGAAUCGAAGAGCUAAGUGCCGCCAGCAGCAGCAGCAGCAACAGAAUGGAGGUCAAAACAAAGUAAGACCUGCCAAAAAGAAGACCUCUCCAGCCCGGGAAGUGAGUUCAGAGAGUGGAACAAGUGGCCAGUUCACUCCCCCCUCUAGCACCUCAGUCCCAGCCAUUUCCAGCAGCAGUGCUCCUGUGUCUAUCUGGAGCCCGGCUUCCAUCUCCCCACUGUCAGAUCCCUUGUCCACCUCCUCUUCCUGCAUGCAGAGGUCCUAUCCCAUGACCUAUACUCAGGCUUCAGGUUAUAGUCAAGGAUAUGCUGGCUCAACUUCCUACUUUGGGGGCAUGGACUGCGGAUCUUACUUGACCCCUAUGCAUCAUCAGCUUCCCGGACCAGGGGCUACGCUCAGCCCUAUGGGUACCAAUGCAGUUACCAGCCAUCUCAAUCAGUCUCCAGCUUCUCUUUCCACCCAGGGAUAUGGAGCUUCGAGCUUGGGUUUUAACUCAACCACUGAUUGCUUGGAUUAUAAGGACCAAACUGCCUCGUGGAAGCUUAACUUCAAUGCUGACUGCUUGGAUUAUAAAGAUCAGACAUCUUCGUGGAAAUUCCAGGUGUUGUGAAGACCUGUAGAACCUCUUUUUUGUGGGUGAUUUUUAAAUAUACUGGGCUGGACAUUCCAGUUUUAGCCAGGAAUUGGUUAAAAGAAUUAGAUGGGAUGAUGCUCAGACUCAUCUUCUGAUCAAUGUUCCAGGAAGCAUAGACGGAAAAAGGAAGGUCCUUAGAGGGGCCCACCAACCAGCAACCUGAAACGGACAAACCAAUCUACUUAAGAUCCCAUCAUAGUUUUAGAUCAUUGGUUUUCCUGAUUCUCAAAGUGACCAAAAGCAUUUUAGCCAUAUGCAACCAAACACCACCAAAAAGAAAACUAAAUUGAGAGGAAAAGGAGGGUAGGACAUAGCCUUCUUAAGCAAAGGUGUUCCAAUGCUUUAGCCAAUCCUUGGUUGAAUCUUAGGAAUGGACAGUGUCUCAAGCUCACUCACGUUUCAUGACCAACUGUUAGUUGGCACUGAAAACCUUUUCAGGGCUGUGUGAAUUGUGCGACUGAUUGUCCUAGAUGCACUACUUUAUUUAAAAAAAAAUAAUGUUCAUAAGGAGUCAAUAUGUAGUUUAAGAGACAAUCAGUGUGUGUCUUAUAUAAAUGGUACAUCUGUGGUUUUUAAUCUGUGCUAGACUUCAAAACUGUGAUCUGUUAUUGUAUGCAACCUUGAACCCCAUCUCUGCAGGGGUUCUUCUGUGAUUAAAUAGGUUAUAAUUAUAAGCAAAAUUCAGAGCAACUGAGUACUUACCUAAAAAAUUACCUUUGGCUGGAGGUGAGCUGCACUGAAACUUGACAACAAAAUGUGUCUGGACAAGUAGAGUAAGAGAAGAGAAACAAAAGGACACUAAUUCGUCUGUAAUUUACUGUUGGUCAGCCUAGCAGUGAAGAGACAUUGGUCAAUUGCUCUGACCCUGGUGAAGUUAUAAACUGAGGUCAUUGUUGUUUAUGCUUGCAGAUAUUAACUGGAAAAGUUAUAUAUGCAUAAACCUUUUUCCCUGGAUUUGGCAGAUAUGUAUAAUUAUAUUAAAAUGGU